AUGUGGAAUAGGACCUGCUACAAGAAGAUCGAAACUGCUAGAGAGGCUAUUCCAGUGGAUCAUAUGAAUGCUGGAGAUUCCACAAGAAAAGAGGAUACCGACGAUGUUGAUGCAUAUCAUAGUAGAUUUAUCAAUAGAAAAAUAGGAGACAAUUUCGUUGCGAAAGUUUUCGAAGGCAUAAAAUCAAGGCGCACCAAAUGUUUGAAUUGCCAAUGCGUAACAAAAUGCAAAAAACCAUUCUUCGACAUCCAGGUUCUCAACGACGACGUCAGGCAACCAGAAAGUAAACACCUAACUGCCUACCCCUCUAGAUUUGCGUUUUUUUUGUGUAAAAUGCUGCAAGAUGAAAAAAAAAACGAGCUGGUGCCGCACCGUUACAAACAGUGUUGCGUCAUAAUGCACUCGGGCUGCACCAUGGCCUCAGGCUACUACAUCGCCUAUAUGUACCAAAACGUUCUUGUGCAAACCGCCAACGAUAACUCCGUGAAAGAAAAAAUAAGGCAGCCCGAAAAAAACCUCUCCUUCUCCUCCUCCUCCUCCGAGGGCGAAGACAUGUGGCUGGAGUGCAACGAUGGAAACAUCAAACCGAUCUCCACAAAGGAGUUUGUGGACUCGUUGGGCUUCCAGCCAAACUCCUCGUCGGAGUCCUUUCUGCUGUUCUACACGAGUUUGUGA